GUUUUACGCUCUUUCCUCUUUUAACCUGCUACACAGUAGACACGCAUGGAUCUGGUACCAGAUAUAUUUUUUGAAAAACAAGAAGGACACUUGUGCGCUCAGCACGCUCUCAAUGCGUUGUUACAAGGAAGUUACUUUACAGCUGUUGAUCUGGCGACGAUUGGGCAAAGGCUAGACGAUCAGGAGAACGCAAUGCUGACGAAUCAGGGACGAUCGGCACAACAGCAAGGAAGCAACUUUGACGACUCGGGUUACUUUUCAGUUCAGGUUAUCCAAGAGGCACUCUCUGUUUGGAAUUUACAGCUGAUAGCAUGGAAUUCAGAAGAAGCGAAACAAGCACGCGAACAGCCACAAAACGAAGUAGCAUACAUAUGCAAUCUUGCUGAGCACUGGUUUACGCUUCGCAAGUUCACGGUUCCAUGGCGCUGGUACAACUUAAAUUCGACCCAAAAUGGGCCAACAUAUUUGAGCGAAACGUAUCUUACUAUGCUUCUUCAACAAAUUCAAAGUGAAAAUUAUUCCGUGUUUGUUAUACGGGGCACCUUACCUGAAACGCCGGCCGACCGACUUGCAAUUACUUUACCGGAUCCAACCACUAUCGUCAACAACACCAGCUUGUCUUCACCAGACAAGAAACAAGAUGCAGCUUUCUCUGGUCGUGGAUAUUCAUUAGCAGAUACAACGUUAGAACAGCAAAAGACGGAUCAAAGCGAUGAUGAUGAGGAUGAUGAGGAAGUACAGCUAGCUAAAGCCAUUGAAGCAAGUCUACAAAAACCUGUGGAUGAUGUGGAGGAAAUGCGUCGUAAGAGGCUGGCGAGAUUUGGAGGAUGAUAUCAAUCAAAGAUAAAAAAAUAAAGUAGAAGUUAUAACAGAAAAAAGACACAUUAAGCGAUACAUAUUAUGUAUGAGAUAUAUGAGUAAAUACGACUUUUUGUACUAUACGGGCAAUGAUUUAAUAUCAAGCCUAACAAGGCGGAUCCAAUAAAACAAAGGAUUAUAUUACUACUGCUGCCUCAUAUACAAUCUAAUAGGUUUGAGGACAACUCUCUCAACUAUUCUCAGUGUAGAGUACAGUAGUAACAAUAAUACACAUUUCACGUAUCUAGGGUCAUAGCUCUUGAGCCAAUGA